UUGUAGGUUAGUUUUUCUCCGAAUAACCAGCCAAGACUCCAGAAGUUUUCAAAUAAGGGAAAAAUGGCGUCCCGAGCACAAAAAAUCUUAAAUCUAGUGAGAGAACAAGAAAAAACUAAAUCAGCUCUCGAAGAACUUGAUAAUACAGUACAAACUGAUUCCCAAACAGUUGUACCAGCAGUACCAAGCACCUUACCAGAAAGAGAUGAUGAACAAAUGUUUGUGGUUUAGAGGAUAAAGACUUAGAUCUUCGCCAUCGUGAUCAAGAUCAGCCAACCGCUGGAAGUCAUGGCAAUUUUAGUAGCAGUAGUA